GCGGGCGGUGUUUCUGCCAGAGCCGUUUCCUGCCCGGGACGCAGCGGCCAGGGCGGGAGCGCAGCCAUGGCUCACCAGACCGGCAUCCACGCCACCACAGAAUUAAAGGACUUUUUUGCCAAGGCCCGGAAUGGCUCGAUCCGUCUCAUCAAAGUCGUCAUUGAGGAUGAGCAGCUAGUGCUGGGAGCCUACAAAGAACUGUCUCACCAUUGGGAUAAAGACUAUGACUCCUUCGUGCUGCCGCUGCUGGAUGAACAACAGCCAUGUUAUAUCCUUUACCGGCUGGACACCCAGAAUGCACAGGGCUUUGAGUGGCUCUUCAUCUCCUGGUCCCCUGACAGUUCUCCUGUUAGGCUGAAGAUGCUGUAUGCAGCGACCCGAGCAACAGUGAAAAAAGAAUUUGGAGGAGGACACAUAAAGGAUGAGCUGUUUGGAACAGUUAAGGAAGACAUUUCACUAAGCGGCUAUCAGAAGCAUGUGUCGUCCUGCUCUGCCCCAGCCCCGCUGACUGCAGCUGAACAGGAGCUCCAGCAAAUCCGCAUUAAUGAGGUGAAGACUGAGAUCAGCGUGGAGAGUAAACACCAGACUCUGCAGGGCCUGGCUUUCCCACUGCAGCCUGAUGCGCAGCAGGCCAUCCAGUUGUUAAAGCAGAAGAAAAUCAAUUACAUCCAGCUGAAACUGGAUCUCGAGCGGGAGACUAUAGACCUGGUCCAUACAAAUGCCACGGAGCUAGCAGACCUCCCCAAAAGGAUCCCCCAGGACUCUGGUCGCUACCAUUUCUUCCUGUACAAGCACUCUCAUGAGGGAGACUACCUGGAGUCUGUGGUGUUCAUCUAUUCCAUGCCUGGGUACAAGUGCGGCAUUAAGGAGCGUAUGCUGUACUCCAGCUGCAAGAGCCGGCUACUCGACACUGUGGAGCAGGAGUUCUCCCUGGAGAUUAUAAAGAAGAUCGAGAUUGACGAUGGAGCCGAGCUGACUGCAGAGUUCCUGUAUGACGAGGUCCACCCUAAGCAGCACGCCUUCAAGGCAGCGUUCGCCAAGCCCAAGGGCCCCGUAGGGAAACGGGAGAAGCGACUGAUCAAAGGGCCGGGGGAGACGGCGAGGACAGUUAGAUCCCAAAGGGCAGGAAGCUGGGUCAGGAAUAGGACUGUGAACUUCGAAUGGCGCCCAGAAGGGCCGUGUCGACAGGAUCCAUGUCUCCACUUCUGAGCCUGCCCACUGAGCCCGGAGAGGCUUUCCCUCCCUCUCCUCUUUAGUAAAAUCAUGAACACCUGGCUUCAUUUGGGGAGCGGGGGGCAAAGAAUCUGGGGUAGGGGAGGGAUCUGUGCGUGUGUUUAUUUUCUGUUCCCCCUCACUCUUUUGUUGUGUAACUCCUGAGCAGAAUGAUUGUUCUAGUCUGAAAUGAGAUUUAAACUGAUGCUCUUGCGACUUCA